AUGGCCACAUAUGCCACCACCACCUUGUUCCUUCUCCUUGCCAUGGCCGCCACCACUACCACCACCCUUUGCCUCCGAGAAAAGGGUGUCCUCCAAAUGGCCCAAAAUCAUGUUUCUCAAGCCAAGAAUUGGGUUGCAAACUCUUUGAGAUUGAAUGGGUUUGGAAGCCAAAGCCUGAGCCUUUCUGACCAAACAAGUGCUGUACAUGUAGCCCUUAGAGACUGUGCCAAGCUCUAUGAGGAGAGUGAGUUUAGGCUCUCUCACAUGAUGUCUCAAAACAGCAGAUACACCAAAGAAGAUGCACUCACAUGGAUAAGUGCUGUGAUGACAAAUCACAGGACUUGUUUGGAUGGUUUGCAAGAAAAAGGGUAUGUCCAAGCUCAGGUUCUGGAUAGAAACUUGACCAUGUCGCUUAAGCAAGCUCUUGUUUUGUAUUCAAGGAAUAAAGACAUAGCCAAAGGACCACAGGGAACAAUAUCAGAAUCAAGCUCUGGUAUUCUAGAAUCAUGGAGUGAAACAAGCUAUAAACCAGACUUCACAGUGGCAGAGGAUGGUUCAGGGAGCCACAGAACAAUACAAGCAGCAGUGAAUGCACUUGCUGCAAUGGGACACAACCGUCCUGCAAGAGCAAUCAUACAUGUAAAAUCUGGGGUCUAUAAUGAGAAGGUGCAAAUUGGAGAGAAACUGCAUGAUGUGAUGCUUGUAGGAGAUGGCAUAGACAAAACUAUUGUUACUGGCAACAGAAAUGUUGUUCAAGGUUCUUCCACUAUGGGCUCAGCCACAUUUGAUGUAUCAGGGGAUGGAUUUUGGGCGAGAGACAUGACAUUUGAGAACACUGCAGGGCCAGAAAAACACCAAGCAGUGGCAAUCAAGGUUAGUUCAGACUUAUCAGUCUUCUAUAGGUGUAGCUUCAGAGGCUACCAAGACACUCUUUACGUGCACUCAAAUCGCCAAUUCUACCGUGACUGUCACAUAUAUGGCACCAUAGAUUUCAUAUUCGGGGAUGCCACAGUGGUGCUACAGAACUGUGACAUCUUAGUGAGGAAGCCAAUGAGCCACCAAUCGAACUUCAUCACAGCACAAGGAAGAGAUGACCCGUACAAGAACACUGGGAUUGCCAUCCAUGGUUGCAGGGUUAGAGCAGCAUCAGAGUUUGUGACCCUAAAGGAUUCUUACGAGACAUUCCUUGGAAGGCCUUGGAAGAAGUACUCAAGGACUGUGUACCUGAAGAGUGACUUGGAUGGGCUGAUUCAGCCAAGAGGGUGGGGUGAAUGGAGUGGAAACUUUGCACUCUCAACUUUGUUCUAUGGAGAGUAUAUGAACACCGGAAAUGGUGCCUCUACACAAAAUAGGGUAAGUUGGCCUGGUUUUCAUGUUCUGAGGAGUGCCACUGAGGCCUCACCCUUCACAGUGAGCCAAUUUCUGCAAGGAGAAAGGUGGAUUCCUGCUACAGGGGUGCCAUUCUCUUCUGGAAUAUGA